CCUCUCCAAAUUCCCCUUCCCCCGUCAGUGAAUAUGUCUGCCUCGCCAAGCCAAGCUCCGGCGGAGAAACCCUCUGCGCCACCAGUCAAUAUCCUCCCCUCCCAGGUCGCGCGGACUUAUUCCUACGCGCAUCCCCUGCUCCUUCUGGGGCUAUGCGCCCUCCGAUUUGAGGCAUUGGUCGCCGACCCAGUGCGAGAACUUCUGGCCGACCUCCCAUGGUUGGCCGGUCUACAGCUCUUCUAUGUCUUACUUUGUCUUCCGCCAGCAGGGUCAACUCUCUCGACCGAAGGUGGUUCGACCGACGAGGACAAGAAGAAGGCUCCCCGCUCGCCUCCUGGUCCUGCCGUUACUCUGCGACCUGGCAAGCCUGGCUACCGGCGGAAGCAGACUUCAGGGAAGAGCGAUUGGGCGGACAUGCGGGCUAAGCUCAUGCCUGCCUUCUUUUCUCUCUCUUUGACAUCCCUCCUCGCGACACCCGUCUUGUCCGCUCUCCUCGUCUUGUUUGGGGCCCCGUUGACGACACACAAUGCUGAGACCCUACUCUGUGGAGCUCAUAUGGCAUUGUUGUCGACCACUGCGCUUGUCUAUGUGCACGGCGUGGAUGGCUCUGUUUGGAAGGAAGUUUGGGGCAUCGCUCGGCCUGCGGAUGCUGUUUGGGGUGGCGCUUUAGGUACUGGAUUAGGCGCUUGGUUCGGCGCUAUUCCCAUUCCUUUGGACUGGGACCGGCCAUGGCAAGCCUUUCCGAUCACCAUUCUGAUCGGUGCAUAUAUUGGAUACGCGAUUGGCUCCCUGGCCUCGCGAACACCCCUGCUUUAUGGAAAACGCAUCCACUUCGCUCCUGAGGAACAGGAAGAGGCCGAGAAGAAGACAAAUUAG